AUGACAGUCAAAGUUCGCAAAGAGCCGCCUCCUACGCCUGCGACGAGAUCACGAGAGGGUCGUGAUGACAGUCCUGCGGGUCUGACCAGAGGUGUUGCUGGCAGCGGACCAAGAUCACAGUCUCCUCAGGCGAAACUGGGCUCACCGGGACCUGCGAAUAUCGGUAUGAAGAAAAUGACGAAGAGUGAGUCUCCUAAACCGUCAUCCAAACCUAAGAGCGGUUCACAGUCACGACUGGGCUUGACUCCUUCUAACCGCAGUCCUGACAUCGCUCAUCGCCAGAGACCUAAACAGGGUUUCCCAGAAAAACGGAGACCAGCCAGACGACAGGACGAUUAUGAUGAAAGCGACGACGAUGGGUUUAUCGUGGACGACGAAGAAGAGGAGGCCCGGUCUAGAGACGUGGGAUACGACCGCGACGAGAUCUGGAGCAUUUUCAACAAAGGACGCAAGAGACAAUAUUAUUCGGACGAAGACGAUUUGUCGGAUAUGGAGGCCAGUGGAUCACAGGUGUUUGCUGAGGAGCAACGCAGUGCCAUCUACGGAAGGAGAGAGGACGACAUGGAGGAGCAGGAACUGCAACGCCGCGCCGAAGAGAAGAGACGAAAGAAGUUCGGGAGAUAG